CCGGUUGGCCGUUAUGUCACAAUAUUCAGUUACGUCAGACUAAGACCAGCUAAAUUACAGUUCCUGCAGUUGACAUGAACCGUCUGCAAAUCAGCUGCGAAUGGAGAUAAUCCCAGAGAAAGAGCCUAAUGCCUUACGAUUGCUGCCCAAAGGCUUGGUUUUCUUGCAGCAAAGUAGCGGCCUAAAUAAUCCUCGAGAAAGAGCCUAUUAUUGCCCUGUCAUUGCUGCCCAAUCCCUACGGUCCUUUUGCUUAUCCUCAUCUCAACAUGUCUGAAGCGCCCCUUAACACCUCGGGGCCCUUCUUUUUUGAGACUCCUGAAUCACAAUUGUGACAACCCCCUUCUCCCUUUCGUUGAAUUCCGUGGCCGCCACUUACAAGGGUUAGCGUCCGGCCCCCCCUUUCCAGAAAACCCAGGAUAGUGUGCCAUGCUUCCGCGACUGAAUCGCUGGUGUCCUUUUCAAAAUCUGUCACGCGCGCUGCCGUCUGGUCAGAAAACUGGGCUUUUAGCGAAUUACGACCCGUGAAAAUGACGAUAUUGAUCGCUUUCAUCUAAGUUAUUUCGAAGAUCUUUCCUUGUCGAUACUUCCCAUUUCGAUAUCUAUUGAGACGAUUCCUCUGUCUUCCGCUUCCUCCUGAUUAGCAGUUGUUGAUGCCUGCUGGGGGCAGUUUUUUAAUCUAUCCUUGACCAGGCGAACUUCUUUUAUUUCCGUUAAAAGAUAUACAGGGCAGACUCCCCCGCCUUUACUCGUGUGGAAUUAUAUACCAAUAUUUCUUUUUUUUUAUUUUUUUGAUUUGAUUGCCGCUGCAGCUUAACAUGGCAUAUGCACAUUUCGUUCCGUUUGGAAAGCAUGGCCAAACCAGAGACUCGCCGUUUAGUCCGGGAUCUUGCGAUCCACUAUCGAUCUCUGCGCGAAGGUCGGUUGACUUUUAUUUCCUUUCUCCCCCUCCCGGUAUUGGACCGCGCUCACGAAACUGUGCAAGCCCGGGAACCGGCAGAGAUCAUGGGAUUCAACCACCCUGGGACACUUCUGAGGCAUCGAGAGCGUACAGCAACAGGAUAUCGUCCCCCAAAAAGGAUCAAUUCCAUCAGAAGCAUACGGAAGCGGCCCCUUACUCUGAGCGGCCCGAUUUCUCUGAAACCUGGAGCAUUUAUGCCAAUAGCAAUAGAUUGUCUUUGUCUCCUUUGUCCUAUGAUCAAUAUUCUUAUCCACCGCCAUCUCUCAUGCCACGGCCAAUUGGAGAACAACUGGCGCAAGCACCAAUUAAUGGCGGUUUGGAGAUGCCUGCUUCUACUUGCAGUGAUAUCCGCGCUCCAAAGACGCUCAUUUCAGGAGAACCAAAUUUAUUUCCCGAACGGCUAAAACGGCGAGCAACGGAUAGCGUAAGAGGAGCCGGACGAUACCACUCACAACGGCGGCCAGGCAACAGGGAUGAGUUUGAUGGACCAACUCAGCUUCUAGACAUGCCGUCUGCUAUAACCGUGGAAAUUCAGGAAGAUGAUCUCCCUCUCCUUCCUACAACUUUGGAUGUGCAAGAACAAGAUCAGAUCCUUUCUGACGUUAAUGAUCGUUUGUCAAAAUGUGCUUUCGAUUUUGUGGCAAAAUACCAGUUCCCUAUCCCUCUAGAAUCAGACAAAAAGCAUGUUAGGAGCCCACAGGACCGCGAAUGGACUGAAUGGGUUUAUCUUUUGAAAAGGCUUGCCACAAAGCGGCGAAUUCCUGCCAGGGUCCUGUAUAAUGGGCAGAUUAAGCAGUUUGUAACCGUGCUGGAAAAUGCCCUGGAAACACGCCAUGUGACCAAGAAUCAAAAUCGUCCGUUGAAAGACGACCGCAAUAUCCUUCAGUUUAUUUCCGCGGGAACCCAAGUUGCUAAGAUCCUCAAGGAUGCCUCUGCCAUGGAGUACUUUGAUUGGUUGUAUGUCCAAACAGAGAGAUAUAUCCACGAACGGCGAAUUCACCGAGAGAAGCUUGCAUUCCAUAAGGGCCUCUAG